GACUGUCAUUGAUAAGCCUCAUAAUAGCGUUUCAAUGUGCAAUUGAUACUCCGUAUUAUAUUGUUUUGUCCAAAGUUUUUGGCAGCACAGGGAUGCCUUCGACAACACUGCUACUCCAUCAUAUAUAUAUAUAUAUAUAUUAAUCAACAUUCUUCUCACUCAUCACUCACCAAAUUCACUAUAGCAAACCCUGUCUUUACCCAUCCUAAUACAACCACCAUCUGAUCAAGUCUGCCUGUAAACAAAUUCUCUCUCUUUCUCUCUCUCUCCAUUAUAAAUAGCUUGAAUCCCCAUGUGGCUUCAAAGCUAAAUUCAAGUUAUAGAAGAGAGCUCGAGUAGUACCUGAGCAUGGCUGCCUUUAUUGCAUUAAUACUGGGCUCACUUGCCAUCUUUUCUGCAUCUUCUUCUACUCUGGGAAAUGCACUGAGCUUGAAUUACUACGAGAAGACAUGCCCUGAUGCUGAGAUUCUUAUCAGAAAUGCAGUGUCGCAGGCAGCGAUGCGGGAUAAAACCGUCCCUGCUGCAUUGCUCCGGAUGCAUUUCCACGACUGCUUUAUAAGGGGCUGCGAUGCUUCUGUGCUGCUAAAGUCAGUAAGAAAGAACACAGCAGAGAAAGAUGGGCCACCUAAUGUGUCUUUGCAUGCAUUUUAUGUCAUUGACAAUGCAAAGAAAGCAGUGGAAGCUUCGUGCCCAGCCGUAGUCUCCUGUGCUGAUAUCUUGGCUAUAGCAGCAAGAGAUGCAGUUGUACUGUCUGGGGGUCCAGCCUGGAAUGUACCUAAAGGCAGGAAAGACGGAAGAACAUCACUGGCCAGGGAAACAAGACAACUGCCAGCUCCCACAUUCAAUAUAUCACAGCUGCAACAGAGUUUUUCUCAAAGAGGUCUCUCCAUGGAUGACCUAGUUGCUCUUUCAGGAGGGCACACUCUUGGGUUUUCCCACUGUUCAUCUUUCCAGAACAGAAUCCACAACUUCAAUGCCACACAUGAUACUGACCCUUCGAUGAACCCAUCAUUUGCUGCAAGCUUAAGGAGAAUUUGCCCAGCACAAAAUAAGGCAAAGAAUGCAGGAGCCACCAUGGAUCCUUCCCCAACAACUUUUGAUAAUACAUACUACAAGCUAAUCCUUCAGGGGAGAAGCCUGUUUUCCUCAGACCAAGCUUUGCUGACUGCUCCAAAGACCAAGGAUCUGGUUUCCAAGUUUGCUACCUCAAAAGGUGCAUUUUCGAAGGCUUUUGUGAAGUCUAUGAUCAAGAUGAGUAGCAUCACUGCAGGGCAGGAGGUUAGGAAGGACUGCAGGGUAGUAAAUUAAGAGUUCUGUGCUUAGUUUGAGUCGAUUUUGAACCAUGUGAGCUGGUUAAUCCAUCAAAUGGGUUAACUCCAUUUGUUGUUUUUAGAAUUUAUAGGGAUUGCAGAAAUAGCAUGUGUGUCUGUCAGUCAAAGCAAAUUUGUCUUAUUGUAACAAAAUAAGCGUUAUAUGAUGGAAAAUCACCCCAUUGAUGCA